AUGGUUGGCCUAAUCUUUGCAUUGGAAAGGGAAAGGGAAACGACACCUCUCUCCAAAGUCGUUUCGGCCGUUGCAAAGGUCGUCGAGUCCUGCGGUGUGAAAGCGGGCGAGUACGACGCUAUGGGAUAUCGGCACUUCUCCGAUGCGCGAUGUGUUAGCAAAGACACAAAAAUUCAGCUUCGCCGCUCCGAACGCAACCCGACGAAGAAGAUAAAGAUAUUAUUCUCUCAUGUGGCUCACAAUGUAUCUGUAUUGGGGGAACUACAGCUCCAUGACGCGACGACCACAGCUGAGGACGAUGAGAAGAAACUCAUCUUCGCAGCCAAUGAAAUCAUGUACGAUGAUCCGACCAGGCGAUUCAUAUUUGGGUUCACCAUAGAAGCCACAAUGAUGCAGAUUUAG